AUAAUUUUCAUAGAUUACCUUCCUUGUACACAUUGAAGUGGCAUCGUCAAUGGCUACAAGUACAUCAGUGUGCGCGGUAUGCAAUCUUCAACACCAACCUACACAAUCAACUCACUGGUGUAUUGAGUGUGCAGAACCAUUGUGUGCUGACUGUAAAAAAUAUCACAACGUUUUAAAGGUAACAAGAAAUCACAAAACUAUUUCUAUCUCAGAUUACCAAUUAUUACCAUCCGUUGUAACCGACAUCAAGCAGCAUUGCGUGUAUCACAAUGAGAUGUAUCAACUGUACUGUAUUACGCACGAGAGUCCAAUAUGCAACAAGUGCUUAAAGGAUCAUGGGAAAUGUGGGGAAAUACUUUCACUGGAUGAGAUAGUAAAGGACAUCAAAACUACAGAGUCCUUCAUUGACCUAGAGCAGAGCAUUGACGACCUUUUUGCUAAUGUCAAUCUAAUUCGUAAAGACAGAGAGUCGAAUAUAGAAAGUAUAUCAGAUCAAAAGAAGAAAAUAACUGCACAAGUUUGUUACUUAAAAAAGCAAGUCAUCCAACAUGUCAAUAACCUGGAAGAGGAGUUCAUAAAAGAACUUGACCAAAUUGAAUUUGAUUGCUGCGACCCGAUUCAUUUGAUUGUGUCUUCGCUGCAAGAUAAAGCAAGGGAAAUAAAUCAGAUCAAGUCAGAAAUCCAGAGCACGAAGAAAUACGCAUCAGAUCUGCAAGCAUUCCUACGUAUGAGGGAAAUUCAGACGAAAACCACUGAAUUCGAAAAGCAUCUUCAGUCUAGUAUUGAAAAAAGAAAUCACGAUAACAUCAACAUUACCAGUGCAAUCAAUACUAAGAUACAGGAUAUUCUGAUGGUUGAUAAAUUUGGUUCCAUUAAAAUCAAGAAAAGUCCGUCUACUGACAUUAAUCUAAAUAGAAGAAAAGACAGACAAGCCCAAAUGAUGAUCCACACAGAGGAAGUAUUGAUUAACGAUGUAAAACUUGUAUUUAAACGAAAACUGGACACAGCUUCUAAAUACCCUACUUGAUGCUGCGUUACAAAAAAGGGUGACUUUCUGUUUACAGAUUACGUAAAUAAAAAUGGAAAAGUAAUAGCAAUUAAUGUCGAAGGUGAAGUUGAAUAUACCAUCCGUCUUAAAGAACCAUGCUGUGCGUAUGAUGUAGCGUCCUUAGAUGACUCUACAAUAGCUUUAUCCACUGGAUAUUCAAUUAAGAAACCUGGUAUCAGUAUUGUUGAUCAGACCAAAAGAAAGGUAGUAAAGUUCAUUGAAUUACCUAAUAAUGCAUAUGGAAUUACUUAUGACGGUAAAUCAUUGAUCUGCUGUGUUUCAAACAAAGACUUACAUAUGAUAUCUUGUACAGACUACAGUAUCAGUACUAUCCCUAAUACCGCAUCAUGUUGGUAUUUAUACGUUUCAACGCAUGCUGACAUGAUUUUCUUUACAAAUCCGAUUAAAAACAAAGUAACUUGCUGUUUAUACAGUGGCGCACAAGUGUGGGAGUUCACAGAUGAAAGUGUUUUAAAUAGUCCGCGAGGAAUUACCAUAGACAACAACGGGAACGUUUUUGUUGUUGGAGAGGAUUCAUGUAAUGUGGUUGUCAUAUCUCCUGAUGGAAAACAUUGUAAACAGAUACUGAACAAGGAAGAUGGUUUUGAUAGGCCGAACGGAAUUGUCUUUGACAAAGUGAGGAAGCAGCUGUUAGUAGCAAAUGAAACCCAGUUUGCUUAUGUUUUUAACGUUUCUUAUUGUUAAAUGAAAUAUAUAUCAUCUAAGGAAAAGUUUGUCAUAUUAUUAUUAUUAUCAUAAUUAUUAUUAUUACUGUCAUUAUCUUUCUUUUGAAUAUCUAUACUUUAAUGUGUACAAAUCGUCCGGAUUUGACUAUUUAUGCUGAAGUGAAUACAAGAAUAUUCCAUUUUAAAUGUCAUGUAAUACUCGUCUCUUUUCGAGACACAUGAUUUCGAGACAUAUGAUUUCGACACACAUGAUUUCUAGACACAUGAUUUCGAGACACAUGAUUUUGAGACACAUGAUUUCGAGACACAUGAUUUUGAGACACAGGAUUGUGAGACACAUGAUUUAGGUUAAAAAAAGAAGAUAUCAAGGGGCCAUCAAUACUAAUAAGUAAACAAAUCAACAAAAUAAAAACAGACAACACUCUGUCAAAAAAAAAACAACAACAAAAAACAAACAAAAACAAAGCAUUCCGUCGAAAACUAAAAUGGUAGUCAUUAAUGAGUUACUUGACUGUUUGAAAGUUUAUCUUGACAUUUCCGGCAAUUAAGCAGCUAUAUGUAAAUAACUUGAAUUCGAUAAGUCACCAUCAAAUUACGUCAUCUUGAGCAGACAGAUAUUCUUCUACACACACUUUUUAUAAUGUUUUAACAUUGGAGGAACGAAUUGUCGCAUAUUACUUCGUUGUUUUGGCAUUCGUAUUAAACAUUUUUUUUUUUUUUUCAAAAGGGUAAUUAUUUUUGUCCACUUAGUGAGAACAUGCGUCCCGAGGACAGCUACCUACCGAAGUUCCAACACGUUCAUAAUCCAAUUCAGAAUGUAAAUAGUUAUAAUACAAAGCACUAACAUGUUAUUAUCCUGGAUAAUAUACAAAAAAAAAAUAUGUCAGUUCGAUUUCAAACACAUACAUGAACCUCAUUCGUCAAACUUUUACUAACAUUUGUCAUUCUCACUUUAGCUGGGCAAAUAAUUAAACAAAAAUCAGAUAUACAUCGUUCCUCUUUUUACUUUUGAAAAAGAAAAGUACUAAUUUUGAUAUUGGUUGCUUUCAGUAACAAUCGUCUGUUUUUAUCUAAGUAACUCAUUUAUUAUGUCCGUCACAUUUUUGUAUUUUGAUUUCGAUUAAAAAAAGUUACGUCUUU